GGAAUUCCCCGGAAUUCUGUGUUUGGACUGUAAGUUGUUGUGCCACGACCAACCGGUUCGCGCGAUCAGUUCCCGUUCGAUCAUGAGACUAUUCGCACUUGUUGGAGUGGCUCUGGCGUUGAGUUUGUUCUUCGUCCAUACAGCCCUAGGUGUGGGAAAUUGUGGAGAAAAGAAAACCGUUGUGCAACAGCUGAUUGCCAAUGGGUACAAGGCGCUGGCCGGGGCUUGGCCUUGGCACGGAGCCAUGUUCCACCGAUACAGGCAAGGUUUGACCGGGUACGCUUGCGGAGUGACGAUUUUGACGGAGCAAUUUGUGAUAACGGCAGCUCAUUGUACGAUAGAUCCUAAUGAAAGACAGCGGUUGCCGGCGAGUCGCAUGUUCAUCAAGGUCGGUGUCAGUAAUCUGGAUUCCCCCGAGAGACAUAUGCAGCAGCAUGACGUUGACAUGAUCAUACGUCACGAUGAGUAUGAUGAGGUCACAUACGAAAAUGACAUCGCGUUGCUGAAGCUGUACAACGAAAUUACCUUCAAUAGCUACGUGCAGCCCAUUUGCCUGUGGCAAGGUGAUACUCGGUUGAACAAUAUAGUGUCUCAGUCUGGAUACAUCGUUGGAUGGGGACUGAACGAAGAUUUUAAGCUGCCCCAAGACUUGAACGAAGCAACGGUUCCAAUAGUAUCACGCAAGGAGUGUGUGGAGAGUGAUCCAGAUCAUUACAACAAGUUUUACUUUGAGUCGAAAACAUUCUGCGCUGGGCAUCGAAAUGGAACCCAUGCCGCUCAGGGAGACAGCGGGGGUGGGUUGUUCAUGAGAAUGGGAUCGCACUGGGUUCUACGAGGAAUCGUUAGUAAUACCAAGGCGAAUCCAGACACUCUCAAAGUAGAGGCUGAUAGUUACGUUGUUUUCACGGAUGCUACUUUCUACAUGAGCUGGAUCAAAUCGAAAGUGACGAUUAGGACCAGUUUCACCAUAGACAUAGAACCGAUCGUUGAACCACCAGGUUCAACAUCGAUAGCUGAUUCUGGCAGUCAAGCCAAUCUGCUAGAUAUAGCGAGUUGUGGCAAGGACACCUAUCCGUCGGGAACACCCGAAGAGAUCAAGGGAUAUCUCAACCAAUAUCCUUGGUUGGCUAUCAUCGAAUACAUCAACUUGAACACUCGCGUCCUGGAGGACGUCUGUCACGGAGUUCUGAUUCAUCCUAGUUUCCUGGUCACUGCAGCCCACUGCGUUCAGAAGAAACGACUUUCGUCCAUUCGCUCGGUAAGACUGAACGAUUACCGUUUGGACACGGUAAACGACAUUUUCGAAAUCAACGGCGAAACCAUUCGAACCACAUCGACGAGGAUCCCCGUCCGGGGCAUAUCCAUACAUCCGAAUUACGACACUCCAAAAUACGCCAACAGCAUAGCGUUGGUCAAGCUGGAGCGUCCGACCACUGCCACUCCAAUCUGCCUACCCCCGGCGGGUGUAUCCGAGCUUCCCAAGGAUAGAAAGUUCACCAUCAUCGGGUGGAAGCGGAACAACCGCAAGGAGAAACCGAUGAUCCGCAACGUGGUCCAGCUGGCCAAUUUCGGAGCCUGCCGGAUCAAAUACGCCGAGGAGAGGAUUGUGCUGGAUUCUACCGGGGGCCAGGUUUGCAGCACCUAUUCCCAUGAUGACGAUAGCUCCAGCUGUUCGCACUACAUGGGAUCGGCGCCGUUCCAGUACGUGCGGAACGGGCCGUUUGAGGGACGGUACUUCCUGGCGGCGGUUUCGUCUUUUGGGCACAGUAAUUGCAGACGCGAUGAAUUCCCUGAUGUGUUCACCAAUGUGGCGCACUAUUCUAGCUGGAUUCGCCAGAAGGUGAAACAGAAUGAGUGAUGUGGCUGUGGAGUGAUGAUUGUUUAAGUUAUGCAGAUAAUUGAGAUUCUACAGAAUAUAGUUUACGACUAAG